GGGGGGGAGCGGAAGCUCUGAGUUUUCUGCAGCUAUAGACGCGCACAAUAUACAAAACAAAGAUCGGAAGAUCUUCUCAGAGCGACAAUUAUCUUUGACGACGUUCCAAUUAUCGUAACUAAAACCGUUAGGCACGAAGGGGAUGUAGCUCAGAUGGUAGAGCGCUCGCUUAGCAUGCGAGAGGUACGGGAUCGAUACCCCGCAUCUCCAAUUUUUUUAUUCUUCCUUCUAUCAUGAGCUUACAUAGAAAGGCCUCUCUAAAUAUUUUUUGUUAGGGGCCAGUGGGCUUCUCAGAGAAAGAUUAACAAAUGUUCAUCACUCUAUUCUCCUCUACUUACAUUUUAAAUUGUGUUUAGACUUCCUUCGGCACUCCGACGCCGUCUCCGAAGUAUAACUCUCCGCAGUAGCUAAGAAGACAAGUACCGCUGGUGAAAACCUGAUUUCUCUGCUAAAAUCUCCAAAAGCUUACUGUAUUAGGAUGAUCCGCACAACAAGCACUGGUGUUCAUCGCCUUCGUCUGUGUUUCCGAUUCUCAAAUUUCGCUAGCUACGGCGAGCGAGAUCCAUCAUCUGCAAACCCUACUCUCGUCUCUAGAAACAAGAACAACACAAUCCCGAUCCCACACAGGAGCAACCCCGAACCCAAAGGCCAAGAUCUCGACUUCGUCAACGUAGCUCACAGCCACCUGAUUCAAUCCGAUUGGGACAAGCUCGAGAAGCUCUCCCACCGCUUGGACUCGUUCAGAGUCAAGAACAUACUCCUCAAGAUCCAGAAAGAUCACGUUCUCUCCCUCGAGUUCUUCAACUGGGUGAAACACAAGAGCCCGGGCUCACACUCUCUCGACACCAACGCCAUCCUCCUCCACGCUCUCACCAAGAACCGCAAGUUCAAAUCCGCAGAGUCCAUCCUGAGAGAGAUACUACUCUCAACCAACGACUUGGAUUUUCCCGCGAAGCUGUUCGAUGCCUUGUUGUACUCUUACAGGGAAUGCGACUCUUCGCCACGAGUGUUUGAUUCGCUCUUCAAAGCCUUUGCUCAUUUGAACAAGUUCAGAAACGCUACGGAUGCGUUUACGCAGAUGAAGGAGUACGGUUUCUUCCCGAACGUCGAGUCUUGCAACGCGUACGUGAGCUCGCUGCUCGGUCAUGGGAGGGUUGAUAUCGCUCUGAGGUUUUACCGAGAGAUGAGGCGGUGUAAGAUAUCACCCAACACGUACACUCUCAACAUGGUUAUCUCGUGUUACUGUCGGUCCGGGAAACUCGACAAGGGUGUUGAGUUGCUACAAGACAUGGAGAGGUUGGGUUUUAGGGCAACAAACGUGUCGUAUAAUACGUUGAUAGCUGGUCACUGCGAGAAAGGUCUUUUGAGUUCGGCUUGGAAGCUUAAGAACGUGAUGGGGAAGAACGGGUUGCAGCCUGACGUGGUUACUUUCAACACUCUUAUUCAUGGGUUCUGCAGAGAUGUGAAGUUGAAAGAAGCUAGUAAGCUUUUCGGCGAGAUGAAAGCGGCGAACGUGGCGCCCAACACUGUCACUUACAACACUUUGAUUAACGGGUACAGUCAACAGAAUGAUCACGAGAUGGCGUAUCGGUUUUAUGAAGAUAUGGUCUUCAAAGGGAUCGAGCGUGAUAUUUUGACGUACAAUGCGUUGAUCUUGGGACUGUGCAAGCAAGCUAAGACGAAGAAAGCUGCACACUUUGUCAAGGAACUGGACAAAGAGAGAUUGGUGCCGAACUCGUCGACCUUCUCUGCGUUAAUAAUGGGACAAUGCGUGAGGAGAAACGCGGACCGUGGAUUUGAACUGUACAGAAGCAUGAUUAGGAGCGGUUGCCAUCCGAAUGAAGAAACAUUCGAUGUUUUGAUCUCUGCCUUUUGUAAGAAUGAGGAUUUUGAUGGAGCUGCUCAGGUGUUGAAGGAAAUGGUCAGAAGAUCAGUUCAUCUUGAUUCAAGGACUCUUCAUCAGGUCUGCAAUGGACUAGAGCAUCAAGGGAAAGACCAACUUGCGAAAGAGUUGUUACAGAAGUUGGAAGCCAAAAAAGUUUCUUCAAGAACCUUUAAGUAGCUAAAAAGCACAAGGAGAAAAAAAAGAUUAUGUUUGUUCAGUGGAAUACGAAAUUGAUUACUACGUCUUUAAGAA